AUGAGCAGUCUACAUAAUGAUGAGAAAUCGAAUCGCCUGGCGCGCGUACGGGAAAAUCAGCGCAGAAGCCGUGCUCGAAAGCAACAAUACAUCGAGGAAUUGGAGCAAAAAGUAGCGGCCUGCAAUGCGAAAGCACAGCAGGCAGACAUCGACCACCGAAUUUCUCUCCAGAAGCUGGAGCUUGAAAAUACAAAUUUGCGAGCCUUGCUGAACCGGGCGGGGUUCGACAGCGCCUAUGUCGAGACGUAUCUUGGUCAAUGCUCCAAUCCAGCAACAUCGGCGAAGGUCGCUAUUCCAGCGCUCAAGAAAUCUUCCUCAUGCCAGCAGUCACCUAGCCCAAGUGCUACUCUUCCGUCCGCAAUAAACACUCCUGAACAGUGUUUACCGAGCCCGUCGAGCACAGGAGGAUCAGACAACAGUUGUACAUCAAAGUCUAAGUGCGGGUCUGGAUGCGCUCCAAGGUCGAAUUCGAAUAUAAUGCCUAUUAUUCCGACUGUGCCAUCUGAACCAUCCAUACCUUCGGCCGUGACAGUAGAGGCCCCAGAGAUGACUGCAGCAGUAAAUACCCAGGCUGUGAGGCUGCCGCCAAUUGCAUCUAUAUGUGACUGUGGACCACGGUCAGCCGAAUACUGGCCCGAUGAUGAAAACUCACUCAACACGACUGUCUGCCACAUUGCCGAAGACAUGAUCAGUCGAUACAAUAUCCAAGGAGUUGAUAUCAACUUGAUAAAACAAAGACUGUGGUCUGGGUUUCGCAAUAGCCGGGAUGGGUGUCGAGUACAGAAUAAUGUACUAUUUGAAGUUUUAGACGAGCUCAGUGGGAAUAUUCCCUAG